AUGUAUACAAGGGGGACUCAAUCGUGCGGACUCAAUCGUGGGGACUCAAUCGUGGGGACUCAAUCGUGCGGACUCAAUCGUGGGGACUCAAUCGUGCGGACUCAAUUGAGGUGUACCGGUUUUCAUUAUCUCUUCCAUUCUAGAAUUUUCAUUUGGCCAUUACGACAAAAUGUAGUGAUAAUGUCAAGCAAGAAAGCUCAAAAGUUCAAGCUUUCAAAGACACAACAAGGCAAAGUUCAACUUAGACAAUUUGUUCCACACAAAAAUAAAUUGUCAAGUCAAUCAUCGUUUCAAUUAAAUGCCAAGGAGAAAUCUGAAUUCUCAAGUGGUUAUGUUAUUUCUGUGCACAAACCUUGGCCAGAUCUUCAAUUAAAUCAAAGCAAAUUGUUCUUUGAAUGUACUCUUUUUCUUUAUUCUGUUCUAGCCUUGUUUUUGCAAUACUUGAAUCUCUACAAGACUUUAUGGUGGCUUCCCAAAAGUUAUUGGCAUUAUUCUUUGAAAUACCAUCUUAUAAAUCCUUAUUUGUUGUCUUGCAUUGGUCUUCUGUUGGGUGUGCGUGUUACAAAAUGUUUUUGGGAUGCGUUAAGUGAAAGAGUUGAUUACUUAUGUGAUGGUCAAAAUGGAUGGCAACUUACUUAUUGGAAAAUAUUCGAAUAUGCAAUUGUUAAAACUCCUCUAACAACGAUUGUUUGCACCAGUUUUUUGUUCAGUUUUACUAAAAUUUAUUUGGAAUUUGGAUUGAAAGCGCCUAUAUAUUUCUUCUUGCCUUUGCUAGUUUAUGUUUUACUUUUCCACAAUUUGACUUUGAACGAGUUUGUUGCUUCUUUUAAUUCAAUUUUGGUUAAAUUACAGUCUGACAAUUUUUCUAAAUUUGUGGAGGAAUUUUCUAAUUUGAUCAAAAAAUUAUUUACUGGACCUCAACCUUUAUUGAAUCUGGAAACGACAACUCAUUUAUGCUCUGAGAUAUCAGCCCGAACAAGAGAAGAAGCAUCUAUUUUAUUCAAAGAUUUUGAAAAUAGAUGUAAAUAUUGUGUUUAUACGGGCAUUUUAACUGCUUAUUUUUCGAUUUUUAUGCCGAGAGCUCUUUUACCGACUAGAACUGCUUCAGGAUUUACUCAAUAUAUGUUAAUUGAUGAUAUUUGGACUUUGCAACUUUUUUCAAUUAUUGGAUUUACUGGAUUUUCUCUUUACGUCACAUAUUUGUUCCCAAUCAGUUAUUUUGACUUAUUAUAUCGUUGUGUUGUUCAUUUGGGUUUCUGGGAGCAAAUUCAGCCACCAAUCCAACAACAACAACAUAUUUCGAGUAAUUCAGGGUUUGGACGAAAUUCGAAGACAACACAUAAUUUCCAUGAAGUUUUUGAAGAUUUUAAUCCAGACAAUCCACCUUAUGAAGACGGUACCAGAGUAGUCCACAACAACAAUUUUUACAUUGCACGAAGCCAUCCACAUUUUAGAACAGUCACUGCUGAACCAAAUAAUGAAGAACAAAGAAGAUUUUAUAAAAUUGCAAAAGAUCCAGUCAAAUUGGUUACUUAUUUAUGUAUUUCUCAAAGUUCAAUGGUGGCCUUUGAAUUUUGGCUUUUAUUAUUGACUAGUGAUUGGCAACAAAUUGUUACUUUGGUGUUACUAAUGUUUGCAAAUUAUUUACUUUUGGCAAAAAUGUUUAAAGAUAGAGUGGUUAUUGGAAGGAUAUAUAAACCUUCUUCUGAAGAUUUACAACUUAUAAAAAGAUUACAAGAAGAAAUGGAUGCAAAAAAUGAUGUUGGAUUAAAACUGGAUUGA